CUCCGUCUGAGAUUUUGCAAUUUUUCGACUUUGCGAUGAUCAAAUGCCGCUAAAAAAGGCUAUAAACAGCGCUGAUUUCGCUAGGAAGUUAUAGAUUAGGAGGACGUAGGCCUCUAGGAGGGAUCGGUAGCCUAAAAUGUCUAUGCUACCUUUCACACCGCCCAUCGUAAAGCGAUUACUCGGCUGGAAAAAAGGCGACGACACGAAAGAAGACAAAUGGUGUGAAAAGGCUGUGAAAAGUCUUGUGAAAAAGCUCCGAAAAACGGGUGGUCUGGACGAAUUAGAAAAAGCUAUUACCACCCAAGACAAAAACACUAAGUGUAUUACCAUCCCAAGGGCGACUACUGAUUACAGAUCAUUGGACGGACGUCUCCAGGUUUCACAUCGCAAGGGCCUACCGCACGUCAUAUACAGCCGACUGUGGCGUUGGCCGGAAUUACAGUCGCAUCACGAGCUGCGUCCGACAGAAAACUGCGAAUACGCAUUCUCGUUGAAGAGGGAGGAGGUGUGCGUCAACCCUUAUCAUUAUACGAAGGUCGAGACACCCGUGUUACCACCAGUACUGGUUCCGCGACAGACAGGGGAGCCACCGACCGAAUAUCCGCCGUUAGACGACUUCUCAAAUACUGUGCCGGAUAAUAUCGACUAUCCGUGCGGAUUUCAAGAUCAACCACUGAGUAUUCCUGAAACUCCCCCACCAGGCUAUAUGAGUGAAGAUGGGGAUAAUAAUGAAAACUCCAAUCAAAUGGAGGGAGUCGACGUCUCACCUAGUCCCCCAGUAGAUGCACAGCCAGUCACUUACACAGAACCAACAUUUUGGUGCUCCAUAUCGUACUACGAGUUGAAUCAUCGCGUCGGCGAGACGUUUCAUGCCUCCCAGCCGUCGUUAACCGUCGACGGUUUCACCGACCCGUCAAAUUCGGAACGAUUCUGUCUUGGGUUGUUGUCGAAUGUGAAUAGGACGCCGCCUGUGGAGUUGACGAGGAGGCAUAUAGGGAAGGGAGUGCGAUUAUAUUAUAUUGGGGGUGAGGUAUUUGCCGAAUGUCUAAGUGAUAGCGCCGUAUUUGUACAGAGUCCGAACUGUAACCAGCGGUACGGAUGGCAUCCGGCGACUGUCUGUAAGAUACCACCAGGGUGCAAUUUGAAAAUCUUCAAUAACCAGGAGUUCGCGGCUCUCCUCGCUCAGUCUGUGAACCAGGGCUUCGAGGCUGUUUAUCAACUCACCAAGAUGUGCACCAUCCGUAUGAGCUUCGUCAAGGGAUGGGGUGCUGAAUACAGGCGACAGACGGUCACAAGCACGCCAUGUUGGAUCGAGAUCCAUCUGAACGGCCCGCUCCAGUGGUUAGACAAAGUUCUCAACCAGAUGGGAUCGCCACACAUGCCCUGCUCGAGCGUUUCAUAGAGGGCGCUGUGAAGUAUUGACGAGACAGUUAUCAUGGACGUUUUGGAAACGCUUACUGUGUCGGGGCGAUUGACGAUAAGUCGAUAGAUGUUUUUUAUUCAAAUGUUGGUUUUGGCUGGAUUCAGGUUUGCGGAGAUUUUGUGGCCGUGACGUCAAACGACUGGUCGUUAUUGUGCUUGACAUCAGAUUUUAGUCGUGAACUCAUUUUUUGGACCAAGUCAGUUUAAAGGGGUACGCCGUUCGUAAUGACUGAUGGGCCAGGAAAAUAGAAAUGCAGUUAUACACAAUGCCGUAGUGAAGUUAUUAUGCAUACCAAUUUGCUGAAACUUGGUAUCUGUCUGUAUUUACAUGUAGUAUAUGUACUUGCACAAUAGGGAAUUCAAAUUCAAUUACAAUUUCAAUUUGUUCAUGAACAGCAAAGGUCUUUAAAGUAGCCUUCUCCAUCAUAAAGUCACAGAAAAGGUGAAGGAAAACGGGAUUUAUCUAAAGCCCGAUUUCUGUUUAGAAUUUGGGACUUUGCAGAAGGGGUUGCAGAACUUCGCCAACCUGGAUCCAGCCAUGAACUAUUAGAAACGAUGACUGAUGCUGGAAAACGCUUGUGAUAAUGCCGUUCGUAUCCGCGACAGAUCGCCCCCAGAGCCACCUGGUGACAGAAGGGAGAAACUAGGCUCUUCUCCAAGACUGAUGACGCUUUUAAUGUACCCUUAGAUUUUAUCAUGCUCAUUAGAAUGAUUCUUUACAUGAUGGAUAAAAGUUUGAUUAAGCAUCGAGACCCGGGUUGAAUGUUCGUGAUCCGUGACUUUUUGUGGUCAUCGAUUGGCCGUUGAAAUGUUCAACACAAUGGAUUUCUGUAAAAAUCUGAAUUUAGCCAAAGAGGGAUUGAGUCACAUCUGUUGGUACUGUGACGACAUGUAGAUGGGUAGAUAUUGAUAAUGAGGGUCAUUGCUUGUAAUGAGAGGAUCACCUGCUUGUAUUGCUGUACAUAGGUUCUCAACAUUUGUGGGCUAACCUCAGCUCAUAAGCUGAAUUCAUAGGAUCAUGUAUCUGUUCUACAGUGGAACCUCCCUUAGAGGACACCUCUCUAUUAAGAACAACCUCUCUAUUGAGGACAACCUCUCUAUUAAGGACAACUGCUCUGUUAAGGACACUAGUUUUGGUCCCAAAUUGGUUUCCUUUCAAUUUGACCUCUUAUCCGGACACCUCUCUAUUAAGGACAGCACUUGUCAGUCCAGAGGGUGGCCUUUAUAGAGAGGUUCCACUGUAUUGUUGAUCCUGGGACAAUGUCGUGUGUAUUCAACAGAAAAAUGUGCUUCAGGUGAAAUGCUUUUGUGAUUUUGCUUCCUUUUGUAAAAAGUUACAUGGCAUCUUUGCUCAGUGUGACAGUUGAAAAGGCCUUGAAGUGGUGCAAACUUUAGCUUUGGAUGGCAACAUUGAUCACCAGGGGAGGGGCUAGGGAUUGGUUGACUGAUGCAUAAAACUGAUCACCUAUCUGGGGAGGGGGCUAAGUGACUGGUUGACUGAUGCAUAAAACUGAUCACCUGUCUGAGGAGGGGGCUAGGGACUGGUUGACUGAUGCAUAAAAACUGAUCGCCUGUCUGAGGAGGGGGGAUAAGUGACUGGUUGACUGAUGCAUAAAAACUGAUCGCCUGUCUGAGGAGGGGGGAUAAGUGACUGGUUGACUGAUGCAUAAAACUGAUCACCUGUCUGAGGAGGGGGCUAGGGACUGGUUGACUGAUGCAUAAAAACUGAUCACCUGUCUGGGGAGGAGGAUAAGUGACUGGUUGACUGAUGCAUAAAACUGCCACGCAUUUUAAAAUGUGGGGACUUGGGGACUUUGGCGUGAAGUUCCUCAUCUUCCAGGGCAGGGCCCGGUUGUUCAAGACAGGUUUUGACACUUGGUGUUAGGUCUCAUUGGCUUACCUGAACGAGAUAAUAUGUGAAAAACUUGUUUUUCUGAGAUGUUGGAGUCCGCUAUUUGCUAACGGUGGUUUGGGGGCUACUAAGCCGCAGUUAUCUUACCGUGCUGCUGAGUUUGCGCUAUCAGGCUUAGCUGCCGCUAUACCAUCGCUAAGUUAGCGUAACAUUUUAGUUCGUAGCAGUCACUAAAACUUGGCCAUCGUUAACAUAACCGGUGUUUCCAAAAAAUGUCAUUUAAAUUAUUUUUUGAGUACAAUAAACCCAUUUAUCAUGGACAAAAGUAUGCUUUCAUACUUAACAUUGAAAAUGUCAAUGAAAAACUGACUUUGUAUAUCAAUUUGAAGUGGAUUGAUAGUUACUUGUCCUCCAAAGUAGGCCAAUAGCCUGAUCUACAUCACAGCUUUUGGUGAACCCGCCACCUGGAUUUAACAAGCCCAUGGGGUUUUCUGCAUUGUAAAUUGUUGGGUACUCUUUUGAUAUUGUCUAACAGUAGGAAAUGGCAAGAUACCUGGUGUAUUGGCUUUUAGACAACUGGGUCCUGGUUGUGAAAAUUUGCGGGUUUACAGAAGCAAGAAUGUCAAAUUUAUGCAUGAAUAUGAAAAAGGCCAGUCCGAACAAAUCAAGUUCUCGUGAAGGAUUUAAAUGUCGAUUGCCAGUGAAAUACACACACGUGUGCUAAAAGUUGACGGUGUAUAAUGAUUGACGAAUAGUUUUCGGUAAAUAAUGAUUUGAAAUUGAUUGUAUGAUCUUGUUUAAUUGUUGAUGACCAAGGUAGGGAAGACCUUGAAAAAAAACUUCCAUAAUUGUUUCUUUGUAAAUAUUCCGUGCAUGUACUCGAGAACUUUGACCUUUUACUCUUAAGAAAUUGGGAUAUGCGUGUUUUCAAGACUGAAUAAAGACUUUAGUGUUUUUCGGAUAGAUCUGGCCAAGGUACAUCAGAUACAUCUGACCUAUUGUCACUGAACUGUAAUAUUGUGAUCACAAAUAUUAAUGUUACACAGCCCUGGGCAGCCUGUGUCAUAGUUGACUGGCUUUAGCUGACACCGUGAAAGUGUAUUGUUUGGCCUACCCUGAGGAUAAUCCAGUGCAACACUAGCUUUUAGGAAAUGUGAUGUGGACACAAAGUACCUUCAGCUAUAAGGAUAUGAAAAAUACUCUAGUCCUUAUUCAGUUUUGAUACAUCAACAUGUACUUUAUAAUUGGACUUUUACUCCAAAAUGCGCCAUGAUUUGCAUGUUAUAGAUUAAAAAUGAAAUGUUACGCUCGAAACUGUUAUAUGCUAUCGUCUGCCUGAUUGUAUUAACGUGAAAUUCUGGGGCUGCUCAUUCAAAUGGAUUACCGGUCUAGUUAGAUUUGCCUGUGGCUUAUUUCAAGGCCUGUUCAGUAUUUUCACUUGCCACUUGUUUACCCUGUCAAUUUCUUCGCCUUGAUAUUUUUGCUUCGUGAAAAUGUGAUCAUGUGACGUGUAUUCAUAAGCAGGUUGUAGUUUAGUUCCUAAUCUCUUACCAGGGCAAAUGAGAUGAAUGGUCAUGCCCGCCAUUUAGGGACACUGUAAACCUCUUCAUUUUGGCUGCUUGUAUGUCUUCGAAAACAUCUAUUCAGAUUUUGCUUCCUUUUGUUACUUGGAAUUGGUGCAUUUUCCAACAAUGAACCCCUGAAUGUACAAUUGUACCCUUUCUAAAAACAGAGAAAAAAUUCAAUGCGAAUAUUUGACAUAAUUAUCUGUUCUUGAACUUUUCAAAAUAUGGCCUGGGUGCCAUGGCCACUGGGAAAAAUUGUGUGUAAAAUUUUUUUUGCAAUUUUCUGAAGAUGCUCCGUUUACGCAUUGUUACAUGGAUCUUUUAUUAGCUUGUCUAAUCUGCCGUGUAUAAUGUCAUUUUUGUGUUGCUAUGGCAACAGAAUUAUACAGCAACAAUAAACAAAUGUAUAAAUGGAUUGAAA